GUUUCCCAUUCCCAAAUCAGGUCUGCCUAACCAUCACCUUCUAACUUCAAUCCUAGAAAGAAGAGAAAACCUAAAAGAAAAAAAAGGGAUUAUCUCAUUGAUGGCAUCCAACAAUGAACAGCAAAAUCAGGCAGGCAGGCACCAAGAAGUUGGCCACAAGAGCCUUCUGCAGAGUGAUGCACUUUACCAGUACAUACUUGAGACAAGUGUGUACCCAACAGAGCCUGAACCCAUGAAGGAGCUGAGGGAGCUAACUGCCAAGCACCCCUGGAACAUAAUGACUACAUCAGCAGAUGAAGGGCAAUUCUUGAACAUGCUUUUGAAGCUUAUGAAUGCAAAGAACACCAUGGAAAUUGGUGUAUACACUGGAUAUUCUCUCUUGGCAACUGCUCUUGCUCUUCCUGAUGAUGGAAAGAUCCUGGCGAUGGACAUAAACAGAGAGAACUAUGAGUUGGGUCUGCCUGUUAUCCAGAAAGCAGGUGUUGCUCACAAGAUUGAAUUCAGGGAAGGGCCUGCUUUGCCUGUUCUUGACCAAAUGAUUGCUGAAGGGAAGUACCAUGGAACUUUUGACUUCAUCUUUGUGGACGCUGAUAAAGACAAUUAUCUGAAUUACCACAAGAGAUUGAUUGAGUUGGUCAAAGUUGGUGGAGUGAUCGGGUACGACAAUACCCUAUGGAAUGGGUCUGUGGUGGCACCACCUGAUGCACCCCUCAGGAAGUAUGUUAAGUACUACAGAGACUUUGUGAUGGAGCUCAACAAGGCCUUACCGGCGGACCCCAGAAUUGAGAUUUGCAUGCUCCCUGUUGGUGAUGGGAUCACUCUCUGCCGUCGGAUCAAGUGAUCAGCUUUACUGGUGAUAUAUUUGAUGAUGACCGUUGAUCGUUAACGCAUAAAACGAGCGAUGUGUAUUAACUUUUUUUUUCUUUUUCUAUUUUAAGCUUCAAUAUUUGAGAAAUUUCAUUUCAAUGCAUUCCAAAAUUUAUCCAAUUUAUAAAGUUUUAUGGGAUUUUAUA